GAGGCGCAGAAACGUCACGUUUGUUUGGGGGCUGUUUUAUCAGAAACCACAAUGGGGGCUAUCCGGAAGCAUGCCGGAGGAUAGGUUUUGGCUGACGAAACGCCUUGUUGUUAUAGUUUUGUUUUUGUAUUUUUUGUACGUGUGGAAGGAGCUAUCGGCGUGAUGUCGAAGCACCGAGUGUCUUACUUCUUCAACCCUGACGUGGGGAACUUCCACUACGGGACGGGGCACCCCAUGAAGCCCCACCGCCUGUCUGUGAUCCACAGCUUAGUGUUAAAUUACGGGCUGCACAAGCACAUGCAGAUUUACCGGCCUUACAAGGCCAGCGCCCACGACAUGUGUCGCUUCCACUCGGACGAAUACAUCGAUUUUCUGCAAAAAGUCACGCCGCAGAACAUCCAAGCGUUCACCAAGCAUCUGAGUCACUAUAACGUGGGGGACGAUUGCCCGGUCUUCUGGGGGCUGUUUGACUUCUGCUCCAUGUACACGGGGGCGUCGCUCGAGGGGGCCAUGAAACUGAACAAUAACCACUGCGACAUUGCUGUUAAUUGGUCAGGGGGGCUCCACCACGCCAAGAAAUUCGAAGCCAGUGGUUUCUGCUACGUUAACGAUAUUGUGAUUGGGAUUUUAGAAUUGCUCAAGUACCACGCGAGGGUUUUAUACAUUGACAUCGACGUGCAUCACGGAGACGGCGUCCAGGAAGCCUUCUAUCUCACUGAUCGGGUCAUGACGGUCAGUUUCCACAAAUACGGCAAUUAUUUCUUCCCGGGCACGGGCGAUAUGUACGAAGUGGGGGCGGAAAGUGGCCGUUAUUACUCCGUCAACGUGCCGCUGAAGGAAGGAAUCGACGAUUCCAGCUAUUGGAUGGUUUUUAAGCCGGUCAUUUCAAGCGUGAUGGAAUUUUUCCAACCCACUGCAAUUGUACUACAAUGUGGGGCCGAUUCCUUGGCCAACGACCGCCUGGGGUGUUUCUCCCUGAGUACCAAAGGGCACGGGGAGUGUGUUAAGUUCGUCAAGAGUCUGAAUGUUCCAACUUUGGUGGUUGGAGGUGGCGGUUAUACGCUGAGAAAUGUCGCGAGGUGUUGGACUUACGAAACUUCGUUACUUGUGGAUGAACAAAUUUCAAAUGAAUUGCCCUACACCGAAUAUUUGGAGUUUUUCGCACCCGACUUUACCCUACAUCCUGAGGUGGUCACAAGGCAGGAAAACGCAAACAGUCGCCAGUAUUUGGAGGCCAUUACUAAGUUUGUGUGCGACAACUUGAAGAUGUGUCAACACUCGCCCAGUGUGCAAAUGCACGACGUGCCAGGAGACGCAAUCCCUGAAGAAGACAAAGUCAAGGAAGAAGAAGACCCUGAUGUUAGAAUUAGUCAAGAGUUGGAAGAUAAGAUGGUCGAGGCGAAAAAUGAAUUUUACGACGGAGAUAAAGAUAAUGAUAAGGAAGAUAUGGAGACAUGACCUGUAUUUAAGUGAAUAAUUUAAUGAAUAAGAUUUUUAUUUAAA